CCCAUUUUAAUCUGCUCGAUUUUCUAUGUUUUGUUCCCAACGUAAAUACGAAAUAUCUUUAUUUGAAAUAGUAGUGAUACCAGUGCAGUAUGAAGUGACCGCUCUUGUUGGCGAUACUACUAGUUCUGGUCCAUUCAAAAAAUUUUGCGAAUUGAACCUUUUUGGAAAUUAUAAAGUAAACGCAAUGUCAGCUACAAAUUUGGACCAGUUAAUUAACAAACAGAGCUCUGUGAGAUAGUUGCCUUACCCUCGUACGUUUUAACUACGAAUACGUUUUUCAUAAACUUAAUGUAAAUUUCAUGAAACUCGUGCAAAUGCUUAUGUCUAAAAAUUACAAUCUACGUAAAUUAGUAGUGUAGAGACCUUGUCACCGAUCCUCUGACUUCUCUCCUUGAAUGUAGAUAAAGAGAUCUGUCCGAGUGGAGUCGAGCGUCAAGGAAGGCUGGUCUGCAGCAAUGGACAGUGUAUAGAUUCACAAAAAAUGUGUGCCUUUACUCACAUUCCCUGCUAUGGUCGUCGGCCUGUACAAGUACAAGAUGCUAGAUGUGACGAUGUGGAGGAUUGUUUGGAUGGCAGCGACGAGUCCUGCUGUGAGUAAACUGGCUGUAAUGUUUGUAGACGCUAGUUCUGUAUUGAUGUGUAUAUAUGGUGGACAAGGAUUGAACCACUAACACCCAGCUCACUCCAAUUAAUACAUACAACACAUAAAGAUUUGUAUUCUGUAUCACUCUGAGAAAGAGAGAGAGACAGAGAGACAGAAACAGAGAGAGCGAGAGACAAAGAGAGACAAAGAUAGAGGGAGACAGCUGCAGAGAGGCAGAGAGAGACAGAGAGACAAAAAGACAGAGACAGACAGAGAGACAGUGAGAGAUAGUUGAAUGAUAAGUUAUGCAUAAGUGGUGGAUCAACAGUGCCCUAUCGUUCUCCAGCGGCCUCUGCCUGUGACAAUGGAGCCCUGUUCCACCAGCUUUCUCGGUGUGACGGCAGAAACGACUGUGGGGACAACAGUGACGAGCAGAACUGUGGUACGUACGGUUUAUUUGGGAGUUAAAAAUUUGAACGUGCACUGCAACAAUCAAGCUAGCCUAUACUUCUGUACCUACAGCAUGCAAAAAAUUGAGUUUUGCAACAUAUUUACGAUGUAACGUUAUAUGUCCACAGUCUGUUACUAUCUACGGGACAGAGGGACAACCUACAGGGGCCGUGCAAACCGGGACAACGCCUGUCAGUUCUGGACAUCUCAGUAUCCCCAUACCCAUAACCACACUCCCCAGGCCUACCCACGGGCAGGGCUGGAGCGGAACUACUGUCGGAAUCCGGACGGGAAGGACAGGCCGUGGUGCUACACAAACAACCCGCUCAUCAGGUGGAUGUACUGCGAGGAGGUCUUCGCCUGUGACGCCCCACCGACGCGAUGCUUCUACGCAGUGGAUAAGGGAAGGAGUUACGCAGGGCAGACUAACAGGUGAGACUAGCUGGGUAGUUUAGGAACCUCCAAACCUUCGAAAUCAAAACUUUGACAUCAAGAAAGCACAAACAAAAAAUUCCGACGCUUGCCAGGUAACACUUUCGAGAAACUGCAGGAUGUUUCCCUUUCAGUAAGAUGCAUUUUUUUAUGGAACCAGGGCAGAUUUUACUAUCGCAAACCUGUGCCUGCGCCAACUUUGACCUCCUAUAUCUCUCAAACGGC